CGGUACUCACCGCGAAGGGGCGGGGCGGGGCCGGGCUUCCAGCGGGAGGGGGAGGAAGAAGAGAAAGGAUCAGAAAGGGAGUGGAGCUGGCACCUACGGCGGCCGGAUAGGGACUCGCCAAGACGGAGACUGCAGGAUGAUGCGAUUCAUGCUGCUGUUCAGCCGGCAGGGAAAGCUGAGACUGCAAAAAUGGUACCUGGCCACAUCAGACAAGGAGAGAAAGAAGAUGGUUCGGGAGCUCAUGCAGGUUGUUCUGGCUCGCAAGCCCAAAAUGUGCAGUUUCCUGGAGUGGAGAGACCUCAAAGUUGUCUAUAAGAGAUAUGCCAGCCUCUACUUCUGCUGCGCCAUCGAGGGCCAAGACAAUGAGCUCAUCACCCUGGAACUGAUCCACCGAUAUGUGGAACUCCUGGACAAAUACUUUGGCAGCGUGUGCGAGCUGGACAUCAUCUUUAAUUUUGAGAAGGCUUACUUCAUCUUGGAUGAGUUCUUGAUGGGGGGUGAUGUCCAGGACACCUCCAAGAAGAGUGUGCUAAAGGCUAUUGAGCAGGCUGACCUGCUGCAGGAGGAGGAUGAGUCGCCACGCAGUGUGUUGGAGGAGAUGGGUCUGGCAUAGCCCCCACCCAGGCCGCAUGGAGAUGUGGGGAGCUGGUGAAGAGGCAGGGCACAAGUGGCCCUUUUCUUGGUGGGACUCGGCUGUCCCUCCUCUGCUGUCUCACCUUCUUUUGGAGUGAGCUGUAGGCUCAGGACCCUCAAACAGUCCCUUCCUCCACCCCCUACCUCCUGUUUCCCCUUUUCCUACUGAAGGUUUUUGGAGCUGGGAGGCAGGAAAAUAUGACCAAGACCCAAGAUGGGGGUGCUAUUUGGCUUUCAUUCCCUGCCUUUGAAGAACUAUUACUCCAAAUUUCCUUUCCUCCCUUAUAAUUGUAAAUAUAUAAAUAUGUCAGGUUAAAGGGAAAAGGUUUUCAGGGCUCUUCUCGUCUCCCUGCCCCAUAUCCUACCUCCACCCCUCCUACCCCUGCAGCCAGCCAGGGCAGCUUCUCUGCCUGGGAAGGGGGCAUCUGUAGUGACUGGGUCAUCCUUUCCCCUCAUCUGCACCCUCCCUUCUUCUUGGCUGCAGUAGGGCCUCUGUCCAGUGCUGGGGGAGGAACAGCAUAGUUCAUUUUUUUCUGACCUUGCCACUUUGAGGGAGGGAGGGUUGGGGGAAGGGCAGGCUUCAUAGGAGACUGGGCCCUAUCUCUCCUUCACUCCAUAUUCGGGGUGAGGCAGAAACUAAGGGGGUGGUGGGGUGGGCAAGUGUCUGACUUUAUUUCCUUUCCUCUGAAAUAAAAGGAAAAGCAUUUCUGGACUUCGCCUGCCUGAGGCUCUGUGAAAGAAGAUAGGGCUGCUGGGAUCAGUUAGGAGGGGAAGGGAACACUGCAUUUGCCUCUUCCCCAGAAAGGGGUUGCCAGAUUAGAGCCAGAAAUAAAAAAUAAAAUAAAACACACAGUUCAGUUUGUA